UAUUUCUUUUGCUGUCUGUAAAGCUAGGUAUAUUUCUUCAUAUCUGUAAAUAUACACACGUGUGUGGGCGAUGGAUUUUUUAAAAUUUGCCUCAAAUAUCAAACUUUUUGAUAGAUAUCGGGAGGAAGAACAUUCCAAUGAAUAAAAUCGACUUGAGAUGGGAGCAAGUGCCUCGAUAUCUCUCUGUAGCGACUCAUCUGCUGUGAGAAUUCGGAAGCACAAUGCGAAGAUCAGCCCUGAGCCGACUGUUCCAGGCCCUGACACCAGUCCUGUCUUUGGGGUAACCCUUGAGAGGCUGAGGGAAGAUGGACAGCUUGUUUGUGGAGUGCCCCGCAUGCUGCGACACAUGGUGGAUUUCCUGGACAGAAAUGGUCUGCAGCAGAGGGGUCUGUUCCGUCUGUCUGGCUCUGUGUUAAGGACCAGGCUGCUGAGGCUGAUGUGGGACAGGGGAGAGAGAAUGGAUCUUGAGGUGGAGGAGGAUGUCUCAAUUGUGGCCUCCCUGCUCAAGCUCUUCUUCAGGGAGCUGCCCAGCCCCAUCAUACCAGAGCCUCAGCGCAAGGAUCUGGUUCUCAGCCUCACAGAAAGUAAGAAUGAGGCAGAGUUGAACGCGGCUCUGAAAGAGAAACUCAGCAGCCUACCUGUCGACAACCACAGCAUCCUGUCUUACCUCCUCCACUUCCUGUCAAGGGUGGCCUCUCACAGCCAAUCAAAUCACAUGCCUGUGGAGAACCUGGCCACAGUCUUUGGACCCUGUAUAUUCCAUGUUCCAUCAGGGCCUAGGAUGCUGGAAGAGCAGAGUGUGUGUAAUGCCCUGUUGCUCCACCUCCUGAGACAUCAGUCUGUUGUCUUUAUAUGUCCCCCGGACCUUCCACACCCCCCUCCUAGCCAGGAUACCCCAUCACCACCCCCACCCCUCGCAGCCCUGUCCCAUUUUAAGGUGAGACAUGAUAAUGAAUUCCUUUCUCCACAGUGAUUUGUACUGUACAUCUCUCCUUGGCGUCUGAGGAUAGGUUUACAGAGGUUCAUAAUGUUUUCACUAAAUUAACAAUAGCCCUGACUCUGACCUUAACCCUUCAAAUGCUGUUAUCUUUAAGAAAUGACAGGAUAUCCUGCUUCCCCUGACCCCUGUGAAGACAGGUGAUGGGUUUCAUUAUGCAUCAUCCCACCCCAGUGAACUAUGUUUACUUUGCAACAAUAUAUAAUAUCAUACAGUAUUAUGGCAUAUUUCCAACUGAAACUUACCCCAUUGUUUUACCAUAAAGGCUCAGCCUUUUGUGUUUCCACCUGCACGGCCCAGCUCCAGUGUCUCCCAGGGCCAUGGCCUCAGUGGACCUGCUCUGACUUAGGGCCAAGGCCAGGCCACUGGUACUUUUCAGCUGUCAUUCACAUAACAAUG